GAGGCCCCGCUGGCGGCCAAUCGCGGCGCGGGGCCGCUGCGUGUCGCCCCGUGAGGCGGCUGCGCCGUGGCCGUCGGGCGCCGCUCAGAGCCGCGGCAGCCCCCGGGCAGGCCCCAGGCCAGGCCCCGCCGCCCGCACCGGCACCGGCCCGCAGUCCCCGCGGAGGGCGGGGAGAUGCAGCCCCCGGGGCCACAGCCGCCGCUCUACGCGCCCAGCAACGGGGACUUCACGUUCGUCUCCUCUGCCGAUGCCGAAGAUCUUAGUGGGUCCAUAGCAACUCCAGAUGUUAAGCUAAAUCUUGGAGGAGAAUUCAUCAAAGAAUCUACUGCAACUACAUUCCUGAGACAGAGAGGGUAUGGCUGGCUUCUGGAAGUGGAAGAUGAUGACCCAGAAGAUAACAAGCCGCUUCUGGAGGAACUUGACAUUGACCUGAAGGAUAUUUACUACAAAAUUCGAUGCGUGUUGAUGCCUAUGCCAUCUCUUGGGUUUAAUAGGCAGGUAGUGAGAGACAAUCCAGAUUUCUGGGGUCCUCUGGCAGUUGUCCUCUUCUUCUCAAUGAUUUCCUUAUAUGGACAAUUUAAGGUUGUUUCUUGGAUUAUAACUAUUUGGAUAUUUGGAUCCUUGACAAUUUUUUUACUGGCCAGGGUUCUUGGAGGAGAUGUUGCUUACGGCCAAGUUCUUGGUGUGAUAGGAUAUUCUCUACUUCCCCUCAUUGUCAUAGCACCCGUACUUUUGGUGGUUGGAUCAUUUGAAGUGGUUUCUACCCUAAUAAAAUUGUUUGGAGUCUUCUGGGCUGCAUACAGUGCUGCAUCCUUACUAGUUGGAGAAGAAUUCAAGACCAAGAAACCCCUUCUAAUUUAUCCAAUCUUUUUAUUAUACAUUUAUUUCCUGUCCUUGUACACUGGGGUGUGAUCUAGUGAAAGAUGUGGCCAAAACCCAUGUUUUAGUCACUUGCAGACUGAAUGCGUAAGAUUAAGGAGGCUGGAGAAUAAUACAAGUGACUGUUUUGUAUCCAGUUGUCAAGAUGUUUUAAGAUUGAAGAGCGUAUUUGUGUAUAUUAUUUAAUGAAGUAAUUGUAGCUAUAUAGAUUUGUAUUAAAGUUCUAGGUUUGUUUAAGACUCUUCAGAUUUUAAUGAACAAAAUAAAAGAAUCUUGUGUUUUAUAAGAAAGUGUAGCAAAAAUACAACUCCGUACCUGUGCCAAAAGCACUAGGACCAGAUUACUAUAUUUGAGGAGAAAAAAGAGAAGUUAACUGUAACAAUCUCCAAGUGCAAUUUUUCUUUUGAGCUUAAACACAGCUGGCUUUUUUGGCACAGCAAAUUCUGUAGAUAAUAUAUAUAUUUAUGGAACAGUCCUGAUUGUUCACAGAAUAGCCUGUAUAAUCAAGACAUGAAGAUACUACUUUUAAUUUAGUGCCUCAAUUACUUUGAUUUGGCUGUUGAGUUUUUAUAAAUUCCAAUUUGUUUCAAAACAUGUAUAUACUGUGUAUUUUGUAUCUAUGGCUUGUGUGUAGCAUAAGUACUCCUUGGUUAAGGAUGUAUAUUGGGUUUUUAAAGUUUAAAAAUGACAAGUAUUUGAAGUCUUCAUUCACUAGCUCUGACCAAAGGAGCAAGACAUUUACUGCGUGACGUAAUUAAAUUGCUUAUUUAGAGGAUUUAAUUUACUUAAGUUUAAAAUUACAGAAAGACAGGUGAACACCUUUCUCAGUUGUGGCUGGCUUAAUGUCAGAAGAAAAAAAAGACGAUCUCUCACAUCUGUUUGACCUCUAAACAAUGUUAUUUUAUGAUGACAAAAUAAAAAGAAUGCUUCCC